UCUAUCUAGUAUAUCAACUCUAGUUGGCUACCGGUACGAACUAUAUAGAUCUAGGAUCAUGGAGAUGGUGAGAUCUGAAAUCGAAUAUCUUGACAAUUAUACAAGUCGUAACAAGUGUCAGACUCAAUGAAUGAUGAUUAUUCAGAUUAUGAUCCCUCACAAAUUUAUCACACAAUCCGGACCAUCGCAUCACUGCCAAUUAUGAUCAGGCAUGAUCACUCAGAUCAGGGUUGCCAUCAGUGAUCACCUGCCCAUAAUGAUGUUACAGAUUGUAACGAGGAUUGUCAUUAUUGAGAUGAGUGUCUUCUGAGACUUAGUUCUAACGUCUUUAAUUAAGAAUAUAGAAUCUAGACUGAAGCCAUACAAAAUAUCUAUAAUUGAAAUUAAUUGGAGGAUAAAUAAUAUCAUAAUCAUAGUCAUAAUAUGAUUGAAUUAAUGUAUUAUAUAGAUCUACAUUUGAUCUAAACCUAUAACCUAUAGAUUUCACAGUAUAACUUUUAAGUUGCAGAAAAAUAAAAUAGAUAUGCAGAGGAUGAAAUUGCCUUCUUUGAAGAAACUUCUGUAAUUGUAAUGUAUUAAUUAUAAAUACAAAAAUGAGUACCUUCAAUAGAGCUAUAUCUCAUCUAAGCAAAGUUGCUUUCAAAAUAAGACAUCUCCAUAAAGGUAAAUCUCUGUUUUCAAGACGUUUUCUACUUUACACCAAUACUAGUUUUGGAAUAAUAACAGCAGUUACAGGGGACUUGAUACAGCAAAAUUAUCAACGGUUGAUGAAUGACGAAAACCGUAGAUGGGAUCCUAAAAGAUCAGGCAAAAUGGCUACAGCUGGACUUAUAUUUGGACCUUGCAUUCAUUUCUGGUAUAUUUUUCUAGAAAAAGUAUUACCAGGUCGUUCAGUCAAAGCACUAAUUACCAAGAUAUGCCUUGAUCAGUUUCUGUUUUCGCCAUUCUGCAUUUCAAUUUUUCUAACAGUGGUUGGCCUGUUAGAAAGGCAAGGAUUAGAUCUACUAAAAGAAGAGUUUAGAGAGACAGGAGUUCUUAUGUUUCUAACAGAUAUGGUUAUCUGGACCCCAGCCCAAGCUAUUAAUUUUUAUUUUGUGCCUACGAAAUAUAGAGUUUUGUAUGAUAAUUCUGUCUCUCUUGUAGUGGACGUUUUUUAUUCAUACUUGAGAUUUGAACAUAAAACAACUCAUGGAGAAAGAGAAUCACAAUCUCACAGACAUAAAGUAAAGGGUUUUAAUGUUCAGUCUUCUUUAUCUUAACGUUUGAAUAAAAUAUAUUAUAUAAGUUUUGUUUAAAGGGUAUUGAUAAGCAUCUCAAUCAUUCCACUGUCUUGUAGAAUUUUUCAUUCAUAAGUUGUAUAAUUGUCUUUUUUUUUAUUGUAUGAAUUUUAUGAGUGUCUUUUUAAAAUGAUAGUUAUAAUUUCGUCAAAACUUUUGACCUCCAAGACAAACAAUGUUACUUUGAAGACCUGGUGGUGUAAAAUAUUUAAGUUCUGUUCCCUAUUGUUUAUUCAAUAAGAUUUUCAACAUUCAUUUAUAUAUAUUUUUUUAUAUUUGUACAUUUAUGAGCUUAAGGUGCAAAUGGCCCUACUUAAUUGAUUUAAUUUUAUACAUUUAUUAAAAAUAUUAAUAAAGGAAAUUAGUCUUACAAUUUGAGCAUUACACCAAACAAAACAUUAUAAAUAUAGAAAACCAAAAUAUACAUUCACACAAGACUCACUCAUAAUUUACAUGCGAAAAGUUUAUAUCAGGUUCUUUUUAAUGAUUUCAUUGCCAGCAGAAUUUAGGAUUCUAUGAAGUUUAUUUGUCAUGUUCAAAUUGCCAUACUAGGCAGUGAUAUUACAACUUAAAAUAUUGCAGAUUCUAUGUGAGCAUGAUAAAACAUAGCCAAGGCCUUUUCACUAACAUUAAAUGAGGACAGUACUUAAAUAAUACAUGAUAACAUUUUAAGCAUUUACAUAUUAUAUGAAUUAGAAAACUAAAAAAAAACAACAUUUGGCUCAUAAGAUUACAUACAUACCUGUACCGAUAAUAGAAAUUUAAAAUUUUAUGUAUUUAUUUGUUUUAUUUUAUUAUUUGGUAGGGGAUGGAAGCAGGCAAUGUUCAAAUUUAGGACCAUAGUAAUGACAGUCCUAGUCUGGAGGCAUACCACACAAAUAGACUACCUCCCAGUGAAAUAGAAUAAUGAAAUACGAAUAUUGUACAUCUUGAGGAGCAUCAGUUUUUUAGCGGCCCCUGAAAGGGGAAAAGCCGCUAUUAGUUUUUUGUGGAAUGUCUGUCCGUCUCGUUUAGAUCUGGUAAACUAGAAAAGAUAGUGAAAAUCUGAUAUCAUGAUAUUUUAGACCAUUCAAAGUUCUGAUGCAACGGCUACUUUUUUUCUUUUCUGAAAGCGAAAAAUCUAAUUUUUUAAAUCACUUAUGCAAGCAGUUUUUUCUUAAAAAUACCCCACUUUUACAACUAUUCACUAUUAAUAGUAACAAAAAGGGAGGCUCCUUAGUAGGGGAUUCGAGAUAGCAAUCUACCAUAUUUUUUACACAUUUAUGCAAACAGUUUUAUUUUUUUUGUUAAUAAAAAUUUUGUUUACAUUUGUAUUGCUAAGUUAAGUAACUUAAGUUAUACUAACUACUACAUUUACACAAAAAAUGUUUACUUUUUUUUUAAGAGAAAAAAUCUAUUUAGUAUGCAUCUAAGUUGGACAUAAUUUAAAACAACAAUUAAUAAGUAGUUUUUCAUAUUAUUGCAUGAACUGCAUCGUUGGGCUGUGGCAAUAGAUCACUGGACUAAAGGAUUUUUUUUUUUUUAAGGAAAUGUUUUUUUCUUGAGGAAUAAGAGAUUGUCCCUUUAUAAAACAAUUAGAGCAAUUAUAUAUUCAUUAUAAGACAUUACUUAGGUCAGGUUCACAUCUAACUUUACAUUCACUUCCACCUAUUCUUUGGUCUGUGGACCGCUGUGGCACCACAUAACCUUCUUUCUCCAUUCUUCUCUGUCAUUUGUCUUUGAUAGAAUUUCAUUCUGAUGUUCUUUCUGAAAAUAUUGAAACCUGUCUGGGUGGACCACUUUGGGGGACGAUUUUGAGUUUGUGUCUCCACACAAACUGUUUUUGUAACCUUUGUUUACUGUAGAAAGAUUUUUUUUUUCAUUUUAGAAAAGAACCAGUAACAUAAUUGAUAGAGAAACAAUGAUGGUUUGUUUGUAUUUUAUUUGUUAUUUUAAAUGCAAAUGACAGUGCCAAAUCGAAAUAUAAAAUAAUCAUAAGUAGCCGUUCAUAGCCGUUUUAUAAAAAUGAAUUAUUAUAUUGUCAGUUAUUCCUUCAUUUUUUUUUUAUGAUUGUACCUUUUACGUCUACUACAUUUUAGUUGAUUUUUUUUUAAAUACUAAUUUCAAUGUUAAAACAUUGCUACUUCAACAUCAUUAAGUAUUUUGCAAAAAACAUUGCUGCUUCAACAUCAUUCAGUAUUUAUUUGUUAUAAUUGAAAUUUUAUUCAGGCUCUUAAAAAAAAAGUUCUAUUCAAUAGAAUACAAAACCAUUUUGUUUUCUAAGUAGAUUCAGAAAAACACUCUUCUUUUACAUCUUUUUUUUUUGCAGAAAGAAAGGGGACUUUAACAAAAUAUUAACCAGCUAUUUUUUUAUUUUAUAUAUUUAUAGUUGAGUUUUUAACUGUCAGAACUUUUUUUUGAUAAGUAACAUGACCAAAAAUUUUACUUUAAUGUAGUUCAAGUAGCAGUAUUUGAAAAUAUUUCCUUAUUUUGACAUAAUAUUAUAAUGUAAAGUAACAAUUGCAGUUAGUUUUCCAUUACAAUAUUAUUGAAGCUCUUUAGAUAAAUACUAUUUGUUUAAAUUAAAUACUCACAUAAUGAGGUGGUUAAAAGGCUAUAAUUUAUGUUCACUAGACCAAGGUCCCAUCACACGAGUCUUGAUCCAAAGAGUGGCUUUUAAAUAUUAUUAGUUCUUGGUGGAUUUUAAUUUGAGUACUUGUCAUCAAAAAGUUCAUAUUUAAUUAAUACACUUGCUGUUUUUGUCAACCGGUAUAAGGAUGAGUGCAUCCCUUUACUAUUUGAGCAUUAUUGUCUUUUUUUUACAAACCUGUUUUGUUGUAAAUUUUAAGAUAAUUGUUACUGGUAUGUAUUUUAUUGAAUGUUUUGAUUUUUAAGAGUUAUACUGAACAUGGCAUUAUUUUAGUCAAAAUGUAGGUACGUUUGUGACUAAAAGUAGGACUGUUACUGUAUGAUGUUGAUAGCAUUAUUAGCAUUAUCCAUAGUGACAGUGGAAGUGCAUGUUUGCAAUGAAAUGUAAAUUUCUCUUUGUUUUGUUAUACUGUGGUGCACUUUUCAGGUUUGAAAACCUCCCUCAGGACUGCAGGGGGGUGGCAGCAGGUAGAGUUCAAACCUGGUAUUAUCUGGAUGACAGUCAAAACCACACACCAUGCUAUUACAAAAUUUUAUGAUGUAAAUCUAUAAUUUGGCAGGAGGUUAUAUUGUAAACAAGAUUCUAAUUAGGCCUAUUCAUCUUAGACAAUAGAGUUUAUAGGUGUGCCUUGUGAUUUUUUAUAAACAGAAUUUAUCAUGAAGGCUGUGAUAUAAACUUCCAUUCUUUUGCAAUUUUUGUACAUUUCAUUAUUGCUUGAUAAAUAAUAUGAUUUAGGUUGAGUCUGCAA